UCAUCGCACCAGGCGAUGGUCCUUUUAACUUCAUUGUUGGAGGAGAAGCGACGCCCCGCUUUGCCACGGCAAAGGAUCAAACAGCCCCUCUGAUCAGCGUGACCCCCAGUUUUGUUCUCAUGGAAAUCAGACCCAGCCUCCCGGCCACACUUUCUGCAGAGAUGCAAAGUUGAAGCGCAUUCCCGGCCGGGACAACGGAGGAUAAUGCUGUCUUGGAGGAUCUGAUCGUUACAUUUUAUCCGUUUUUUUUCCGCGCGUUUUCUCCUUCGUUCUUGCUCGCCGCACUUCGGACCCGCACACGUUUCCCUCCCAACAUGCUGGAUUUGGCGCAGCGCAUUGUUUUCUGCGCGCUGCUCGGCUCCGUUUACGCGUCGUGCCCUCCGCGCUGCGAGUGCUCGGAGGCGGCUCACACAGUGAAGUGCGUCUCCAGAGACCUGCGGAGUAUCCCGACCGGUAUCCCCGGAUACACCCGGAAUCUGUUCAUAACCGGGAAUCAAAUCAGCCGAAUCGGUCCGGAGUCGUUUAAAGGGCUGGAUAAUGUGACCAACCUGUCUCUGAGCAACAACAGAAUUUCCGAGGUGGAAUCCCACACCUUUGCCGGCCUCCGCAGCCUCCGCUCCCUGGAUCUGAGCAGCAACCAGCUGGCAGUCGUUCACCCCGAGGCCUUCACCGUGCAGAACCAGUCUCUGCGGGAGCUGAACCUGAGCCGAGCCCUCUACAACCACUUGUCGGUGAUGGACUUGGCCACGUCCCUCCGCUGGAGCUCCCUGGGGACCCUGAAGGGACUGGACCUUUCUCACAACGGCCUCAUCUAUCUACCCUCGCGUAUCUUCUCCCACCUGAGCAGCCUGCGGCGGCUCCAGCUCUCCAACAACUCCCUAGUGGCCAUCCACAACUCCACCUUCUUGGGCUUGGAGCGCCUGGAGGAGCUCGACCUGACCCUCAACGCCCUCAAGAUGGUGCCCGAGGAGGGUCUGCGAGAGCUGGACUCCCUGCCCAGCGCUGAUCUCCUGCUGGGGGAAAACCCCUUCACGUGUUCGUGUGGAAUCGAACCUUUUGCUCUGUGGCUCAACAGAUCACAGGGACGCAUCGGUGACGCCGAGGGCCUUGUGUGUGCUUUUCCCGCCAGCAUGAGGAACACAUCCAUGCUGGCUGUGGUGUCGUUGACUCUGGGAUGCCACCAGUGGGGUGCCGGGGCUGACCUUGUUCUGCAGACCUCUUACGUCUUCCUGGGCAUAGUCCUGGGCUUCAUAGGCCUCGUCUUCCUCUUUGUGCUUUAUCUCAACCGCAAGGGCAUCAAGAAGCGCAUCUACGAGAUGCGGGACGCCGGCAGGGAGUUGUGGGAGGGCCACCACUACCGCUUCGAGAUCGACUCUGACCCCAGGUUAUCGCAGGUCUCCUCGAGCGCUGACGUGUGAGAGGACGAGCACCUCUGGUGUACUUUCUCAUGACUCUUUUCUAAUGCUUUUAUCAGUGGCAACAAAUGUAAAAAGUGUACAGAUUUGUCUGUAAAUAUAUACAUAUCAUAGUGUUAAUAAUCUUUCAGCCUUGUUGUUUAAUAAAGCAUGCACUCAUUACACAAGUAACGCGGUCUUUUAACAGAACAUCUCAGUUUGUUUGAGAGUCAAAUAGACAUGAAUGUUGUACAGGGAGUUCAUUGAUUGACAUUUCUUUAUUUUCACGCCUGCUCCUCACGUUCACAUAAAAGCAACAGCAAAGUGCCUGAAGUCAUCUAGGUGUUGUUUCCUUAUCAGAGUGAUCUGAAUCACUCAUUACUCCGUGUUUCAUUUAGCUUGUAAAAAAACAAAAGCAACAAAAUGCUGCAAUAAAACCCUGACACUACAACAACAAACCUCUGAGAAUUUAAAGCACAACCACUCAUUCAUCUUUGAACUAUUUCAAAGCCUUUGGUCCCUGCGCCCUUCAACCCCAGGGUGCCACAGAGGAAUUAAACCUCCAAAGCUUUCCUAAAAUCUCCGCUCUGCUCCUCUUUUUUUGGCUGUUGGAUUUGGGGGGGGGGGGGGGCAAUUUAGGGCAGACCCGCGGGAAUCUCCCUCAUUUUUUUUUCUCUCUUUUUUUCGUGAACCGUUGCUUUGUUUCAACUGCUUGAGUUUUAUUGUCAAAAUGAUGAGAACCAGUCCUGGGCUGAGGCCGCUGAAAGCAAUCUCCCCUCCCUCCCUCCUUAAAGACAACAGCCGCUCUCGGAGGCUCUUUGAAAGAAGUCUGGCUCUCCACGUUUUUCUGUUUAGGGGAUUUUUUUCACCAAUGAUAAGAGACAGAUGAU